CAGUAUGGCCGGCGAUAUUAGCUAGCACUCGCUCACGGUAUUCUCUGCAAAAGGGAAGACGGUAAAAAAAACAAGGCAACUACAUCUGGACUGCUCAAGGACUGUAACUAAGCUAAUAAAUUAUAACUACCAAAAAAGGACUAAUUAAAUUGGGAUUCCAUCCGACGCUUAAAUUUCUGUUGUUGGAGUCUGCUUGUCUCACGAUGGAAGAGGACAGCGGUGCACACUUCUUCGAGGGGACCGAGAAGCUCCUGGAGGUCUGGUUCUCCCGGCAGGACGAGGCCAAAGGGACUGGGGAUCUGCGCACUAUCCCCAGAUUUGAGUGGGACAAACUUCUGGAGAAUGUGCAUUGCUUGAUUAUAAGUGUGACAAAGACUGACAAGCAGGAAGCUUAUAUACUCAGUGAGAGUAGCAUGUUUGUCUCCAAGAGACGUUUCAUUUUGAAGACAUGCGGAACCACCCUCUUACUGCAGGCACUGGUGCCACUGCUGGAGCUGGCUCGCGAGUACUGCGGCUUUGAUGCCAUCGAGAAUUUCUUCUAUUCUCGUAAAAACUUUAUGAAGCCCACCCAUCAAGAGUUCCCUCACCGCAACUUCCAGGAGGAAGUCGAGUUUCUCAGCCAGAUUUUUCCAAAUGGAGCAGCCUACUGUAUGGGGCGUCUGAACUCAGACUGCUGGUAUUUGUUUACGCUGGAGCUGCCGGAAUACUGGGAGAACAAGCAGGCGGACCAGACUCUCGAAGUUCUGAUGAGUGACCUUGACCCAGCUGUGAUGGACCAGUUCUACAUGAAAGACGGUGUUUCUGCUAAUGAUGUCACUCGUAUGAGUGGAAUUCGUGACCUGAUUCCAGGUUCAGUGAUUGAUGCCACGAUGUUCAACCCCUGUGGAUACUCCAUGAAUGGAAUGAAAACGGAUGGAACUUACUGGACGAUUCACAUCACCCCUGAACCAGAGUUCUCUUAUGUCAGCUUUGAAACCAACCUCUCCCAGACGUCCUAUGAUGAGAUCAUCCGCAAGGUCGUGGAUGUCUUCAAUCCAGGGAAAUUCGUGACCACGCUUUUCGUCAAUCAGAGCUCCAAGUGUCGCAGCGUUUUCUCUCCGGCUCAGAAAAUCGAGGGCUUCCGCCGCCUUGACCGCCAGUUGGCCCACUUCAACGACUACAAUUUCGUCUUCACCAGUUACGCCAAGAAUCGGCAGCAGAACCAGAGCUGAACCUCUGAAAUGAAGAAGCGCAAGAA